CUCAGAGGCACAUCCACGACGAAGACGAUGACGCCCCGCUCCUCGCCCGCCUCAAAGCUACAGCCCUAUCCCCAGUCUGCCCCCUCAGCCUCCCUCCGUAUCGCCGCCUCAGGAGGAAUUUGCUGGCUGCCCGCAAGCGGCGCUUCUUCUUCACACGACGCCCCUCGUCCCUCUUUCGCGCCGCCGCCGCCGCCACCCCGCUCCCGCCCACAAGCCGCCGGCUCCCUCUCUCGGCGCGGUCUCCCUUCACUCGGCUCCUGUGCCAGCCGCUCUCAGAGCAAGGGCGACCUCUCUAGGCCGCCCCCGGAAUCAGCAGAGGCGGCGGUUGGAGGAGCCGGCGCGGAAGAAACAAAAAGGAAAAAGGAGCGGGGGCCCGCGAGACGUGGCGGCAGCCUGAGGCGCGGACACCCCCGCUCGUUGGUUUCUUUCUCUCCCCCCACACACUUCCCUUCAGUUGGCGAGGGAGGAGCCGCAGACGGGAGUUGUGAGGCGGCACAGGCGGAGAUUUCCCCCCGCCAGGGCUUCUUCGCCACAAAACCCCGCAGAGCCGCUGCGCCGCCUACAGCCCGGGGCCAGAGAGCGAGGCCGCCAUGUUGUUUUAGUGGGCGGCAUGUUAUUAUACAGUAUAGGAAAACGCCGCGCUGGGAGCAUGUAUGGUUCUUUCCCAGUUUUAUCCUCACAACAACCCUUUGAGGCUGAGGUAUACGGACUGGCCCAAUGUCAUCUGGUGAGUUUCAUGGCUUUAAAACAGUGCUGUGGUUCUAUUACAUGUAUUUGCACCUAUGUCCCUAAGUUCUAAAUAAGCUUACUAGGGAGUAAGGCCAAAUGAAUGCUCCUAUGAACAUGCAUGGAAUGGCACUGAUUGUGUCAUUCUAGAACAAAAUAUCAGUGGGACAGGAGUUGGGUUUUUUUUAAUGAUUUAAAACUUGGGUGGGGUGGGGACCAAAGGUGGAGAAACUACCGCAGAAGAAGCAGGAAGUGUCACUCACCAGAGUUACUACUCCUCCCAUAACUAACAUGGCAGUAUGACUUCAGCCCCAGAGGUGCACUCCACUGUCUAUGCAGACAGACGGAUGCCAACAACAGUAACUUAGGGGGGGGGGAACCCUCUUCAGCCUGUAUUUCAUUCUAAGCAACCUUCUGGAGGCCAAACACCAGAGCCUAGCAAGGCCAGAGUGGGCAGAGCAAUAAACAUGAAUUUUAGCUUACUUUCUAUACACAUGCUAACAGCAGCUCUAUCUCCUACCCCAGCAAACAAGAAGCAUUAUCAGAGUUCAAGGACAUAUUCCAGCUGGGCUGGUUAGGUGCAGCUGAGAAGAGAAUAUGGCCUGGAGAAAGUCCCAAAGCCUUGAGGGCUGCAUCCAGCCCCUGGGCUUGAAAUCUGCCAUUCCUACUCUAAUUAAUACAAGGGCCAUCAUAAUAGUGCCAUUGUGACCCCUGGUGUCCACAGUGUCUUAAUCCCUUCCCUCCCUCACUGGCUGCCUUGGUCAUGAGGGUGUAUGGAUGGUUACCUUCUCCCCCCCCCGCCCCCGAAAAGUACAUAGUAAGGAGAAAGUUGGAGGAGUGAUAUUUGUUUUGUGAGCUUUUAGAGACACUUCUCUUUUGGAUUUGACAUUUACGCUGAUCCCUUGGAUAAGUGAAAUGGGUGCAUGGGUGAUUUAUCUAUGUCUCUUAGGAUGAAGAACUGAUCUGGCUGGAGGGAGGAGAUAAAUUACCAGAGGGGAUGGUGUCCACAGUACUUGCUCAAAAUCCAGAUAUGCUCUGAGGGGAAAAUCUAAGCCUGAUUUCUAUGUAGCAGACACUAAGUUUUUCAUCUCAGCUCCCUCUACAACUGCCACAUUAAAGAGGGAGAGUUAGUCCCCCUUACUGUCACCACACUGUAAAUGUAGUGUUCAAGGACAAGUCUCCAGGCACAUAGCAAAUACAUUUCCUUUACUUAAUAGAACUUAAUCAAGCAUUACAGAAAUUAAGAUAAAUUAGGUCAAUAUCAUAAGAACCUCAUAAAAUACUAGCAUAACAAAUCUAAAAUUAUGCAUGGCACAGAUAAAUUGGUUGGUUUAAAGCAGGGAUGCAGAACCUUUUUGGCUCCACUUAUCUGCCUCAUGUGCCAAAUUUGACAGAAGGGUGUGACCACGCACCUGUCAAAAUCCCUUGUGCUUCAGUCUUAAAAGGGGAGGGGGCAAACAUGCGAAGGGUUUUACAAGCCUUGGGUGGCAGCAAUGUUGGUCUCACAUUUUCCUGCCACCAUCCUGCUCACUUAAAGGAGAAUGCAAAGGACUGUAAUCUCCACUCAUCAGGUGGUUAGCAGAGAUUAAAUUCUGCUGCCUAGGCUGCCAGAUCCUGUUCCCUCCUGGGAAUGGGGUGAUACAACCAAUGCAGAAUUAAACCCUCUCUUUCCAUCAGCUGACAUCAUCAGUGAUGUUAUUGGUGGGUGGGUGGGCAUGGUUUGGAGAAAAUGGCCUGGUGUGUUAAAUAUUGGCACACAAGCCACAGGUUCCCCACUCCUAGUUUAAAGUCUCAAGUACACAAUGUGUACCUGAUUACUCCUUUUGAUGUGUUUGUUGACACUCUCAAAUAACUCUAAAUGAUUAGUGAUACAAGACUUGGUGCUGCUGAAGUCAUGUUGAUGCUCAUUCAGCAGGACUUAUCCUAUAUUCCUGAUAAUUUGAUCUUUAAUAAAUUUCCACGAAUUUGUCCAGAAGAGACAUUGAGCUAACCAGACUACCGGUAAUUUAUUUCCGGGAUUCUCCAACCCCCACACCCCACUUCACCUCACCACCCAGUUUCCUAAAAAAAUAUAUCCCUACAAUCACCACUUUUCAUUGUAAUCUCUGGUAUGGAGGCAGAUCCUAGAGACAUUUUCUAUACUUUUGUUAGAUGAACAGCAGUUUCACAUUUGAGUCCAUUCAGAACUUUCUGAUGGAUAUCAGCUAGACUUGGGUAUCAAUUGGGGUUGGGGAAGCAGCAGUCAGGAAGAUAAAACUGCAGCAGCCCAGAGAAAUAGUGGGGGAAUCAACAUUUGUACAAUCUGUUUUCGUGGUGGGGGUGGGAUGGGCGGAAUCUAGAUCAGCAAAAUGGCUAUUUUAAAUUUUGAAAAAAGAAUCUGGAUUACAUUUGCCACAGGUACUGUAUUUGUGUUGGUUUCUGUUCUACAACAAGAACAUCAGCAUACAAAUUACUUACAUGUAUAAAGUAGGUGGAUUUUGUCAGCUAAUUAACUUUAGCAUUUUCUUAAAUAAUUAUGUAUAGGGAUAGAUUAUACUUGCAUAUUUUAAAAACAGUGUUAUUACACAGAAAUGCAAGUAUAUGAAUGGCAGUUUAAGUAACGGGAUGCUAUUCCUCUUCCCAUUCUUGCCAUCAAGGGGCAGUCAUAGACUAGCUGCUUGAUUCUACAUUACAGAAACUCCAAAAUUUUCAAUUGGUGAUAGGAAUUGCACUGUUUUUUCAUGUGCAUCUAGAAGUGUUGAGUAGCGUAAUCAGAGGCUUUUUUUAUUUCAAAGUAAAUCAACAGGGCAUGUUCCUUAGUCGUAAGUUUGUUUGGGAUUACAGCCUAAGAAGAACUUUUGAGAAUCAUGCUUUAACAGCAACCCAACGUACGUUUACAUGGAAGUACACGUCAAUUGUUCUUACUCUCUCAAUAAGCAUGUCUAGGAUGGUACGCUUUGUAAUUUAAGAUUAUAAGCCAAAAUUAGUCAGUGAUUCUUUCAAUUUCUUUCAAAGUCACCUGUUAAGUGAUCAUGCCAUUUCUAUUCAUACAGAGUUUAGAGGUUGUAUGUGUAAUAACAUUUUAGGUGGCUGAUGUUUAGUCUUGUGAAAUGGAACACUUAGAUCUUGCCAGCAUCUGAGUAUGAGUUUCAAAUAAGUAGCGUAGUUGAACUGUUUUGUAUUGUGUAUGUCAAAUGCAAUUAUGUUGCUCUCAGUCUGAACAUUAUUUUAUCCUGGUUGUUAAAAUUUUACAGAUUAAGCUGAAUGCUGGAAUCCAAUCUGUCAUCCCAGUUUUGUUCUAUAAAUAGAGCAUCAAAUCUUU